UAAAUUACAUUGACUAUGACUUUUAAAGGUAAACCCCCGCUUGCAUUAAAAGUUUUGAACAGACCCACUAAUCCAACGGUCCAUAUUAAUUAUGAAGAUGAAAGGAGUGAGGUCAGCAAAAAUGGUGUCAACAAAAACACAGUUCAAAAUGUAUGUGGAUGCAUUAUUGUUUUUCUUCAUCAUAUUUGGAUUCGUUGUGUUGUUAACCCUGGCACACAGUGGGUAGUGAGGAAAACAGAGCAAAAUCAAAUGGCAUCAUGGAAUUCGAUUCCACUGGAAAUCACGUACAGAGUUUUCGGUUGGAUUGCUUUUUUUUGUUGGGCUGUUGGUGGCUACCCACAAGUCAUCUUGAAUUUCCGUAGAAAAAGUGUUGUGGGGUUGAACUUUGAUUUUGUGGUGCUGAAUUUGACGAAGCACUCCUCCUAUCUCAUAUACAAUGCCACUCUCUACUUUAGCUCCACUGUUCAAAACCAGUACUUGGAGAAGUAUGGCUUCCAACAGAUGAUACCCGUGGCAUUAAAUGAUGUCAUUUUCUCAGCUCAUGCUGUUCUCUUGACGAUAGUUGGCUUGUUUCAAAUUGCAAUUUAUGAACGCGGAGCUCAGAGAGUCUCCAAGAUUAGUAUUGCAAUUGUUGGUGCUGCAUGGUUUAUGGCUGGGGUUUGUUUUUUCAUAGCUUUGCCGACACAUUCUUGGCUUUGGCUCAUCUCCAUUUUUAACUCAAUCCAAGUUUUUAUGACACUCAUCAAGUAUAUUCCCCAGGCAUUGAUGAACUUCAUGCGGAAGAGCACGACUGGAUUCAGCAUCGGCGGCAUCUUGUUUGAUUUUUCUGGAGGCGUGACAAAUUUUUCACAGAUGGCUGUGCAGUCUAUAGAUCAAGGUUCUUGGGUGAACUUGUAUGGGAAUGUAGGCAAGACAAUGAUAUCUUUGAUAUCUAUUUUUUUUGACCUUAUUUUCAUGGCUCAGCAUUACUUGCUAUAUUCUUCCAAUAGGGCACUGAUCCCGCCUCCUAAAAGCAGCAAGGAAGUAGAGCCACUGGUCAAGUCUUCUUCUGAUCAUUUGGAAAACGUCUGAGGCUUUGGUUGUGGUUCCACUUCAUAUUUUUCCAUGUAAAGAUCAGAUAUGUUUUUGGAAAUAUGGUGGCCAUUUUACUUCUGUGUUGGGGAAGGUCAUUUGCUUUAAAAGGAUUGUAUACUUGAAAGAACCUCUAUUUUUGCGUAUAGAAAAAUAAUUAAGUUCUGUGUAAACACUAUAUAGUUUGUAAGUAAAAAUAGUACUUAUUAUAAGGCAAUAAAAAUAAUAUGUACCA